AUGUCUUUGACACCCUUCAUCUACAGAGGCCCCUUGAGCCUUGGCCGUAUGUUCGGAGACUACGACAACUUCUUGUCACAGAAGGGCUUCGGCAACCUUCAUUCUACAUUCACGCCAACCUUUGAUGUGCGAGAGACAAAGGACGGGUACGAGCUCGAAGGCGAGCUGCCUGGCGUCAAGCAAAAGGAUAUCGAGAUUGAAUAUCCUGACCCAAAUACUAUGCAGAUUAAGGGUCAUACUGAACACUCUUCCGAAGAGAAGGAAGGGUCCUGGUGGGUUUCUGAGCGUUCCAUGGGUGACUUCCGACGGUCGUUCAGCUUUCCAUCGCCUGUCGAUCGAGAUGCGACGCACGCUCAUUUAAAAGAUGGAAUUCUCACUGUUACUGUUCCAAAAACUGCGAAGCACGAGGAAGUUAAGAAGAAGAUCACAAUUGAGGAAUGA